AUGACAAUAAACGUUUCAUUUAAAGUAACAGGAGGUAAAGAAUUUACAAUUGCCAUUGAACCAGAUAUAACAGUUUUGGAAUUAAAACAAAAAUGUGCUGAACAUGUUGAUAUACCUGUGGAAUCGCAGAGACUGAUUUUUAAAGGGAAAAUCUUGAAGGAUAAGGAGUCUUUAACAGUAUAUAAUGUAGCAGACGGAAAUACAAUGCACUUAGUUCGUAGCGCGAUAGCUUCCAAGGAGCCCGAAUCUGAAAAGGAGGGUAACAAAAAUGAAAAUAUUGGAAACGACCAAAACACAAGUCCAAGUGAUAAUUUAAAUGAUUUCAAUAACAACCCAUUAGUUCAAAUGUUGAUGCAGAGUGGAACAGGAGAUAUGAACAAUUUCAACGCCGGUUCAGGUGCUACGGACAAUUUCAACAUUGGUAAUUUAUCGAAUCUACUAAAUGCGAAUGCAGGUGGCGAAUUUAAUAGAGAAAGCAUGAGCUCAUUAUUAAGUAAUCCUUUAGCUAGGUCUUUAAUGAAUGAACUAAGUAGUAACCCAGAGAUGUUAACUAACUUAGUAUCAAAUAAUCCAUUAUUAAGAAAUACUUUUUCACAAAGUCCACUUAUGCAACCCGUUUUAGAAAACCCUAAUUUACUAAGAGAAUUUUUGAGACCUGAAAUUUUACAAGCAGGUUUACAAAUUGAAAAUGCUUUAAAUAUGAAUAAUAAUAAUAGUAACACUGCUAGCAAUAAUAAUAGUCAAAGAGGACUUAGAAUGGAAGACUUUUUAAAUAACUUAAAUAAUUUUGCAAGUACUAACACCUCUACCGGUACUAAUAACCAGAGCGAUAACAAUAAUAAUAAUAAUGCAGGUAAUAGUAGUAAUGCGGGUAAUAUUGGUAAUAAUAUGAAUGCCCUUUUCCAGUCUCCUGAACUUCUACAAACAUUUCAACAGGUUAUGAGAGCUAAUCGGAAUUUAGGGAAUUUUAAUUUCCCAAAUGCUAAUCAAAAUUUAGAUUUUAAUACUACCGAAGUAGCUGACAAUAGACCACCUGAGGAAAAAUAUGCUUCUCAGUUGGUCAGUCUUCAAGAAAUGGGUUUCAUUGAUAACGAUGCGAACAUUCAAGCUUUGCAAGAAACAGGAGGUGACGUAAAUUCUGCGGUUACGCGAUUGUUGGAAAAGGGAUUUAACUAG